AUGAACAUCAAGGUAGGUGGUCAGCGAAUUCCCUUUAUUGACAAACCGCCGCGUAACAAGGAAAAUGAUACAAAUCUGACCAAGCUUGAGUUGUUUCAGAUGGUUAAGCAGCAUUAUGGCAACGACCUGGGGUUGAGUCAUGAUGAAAUGGAAAGCUUUCAGACACCAGCAUAUACUGUCACUCCUACCCAGCCCAGUCUGAACAUGCGUGGAGAGUAUUACACAGGGAGGCCAGAAAGGCCCACAUCACUUCGUCUUCCCCAGAGGGAGCUGAAUUCUUAUGAGGCCACGACUCCACAGGGAGAUGACACACAAUCCUCAGUUGGACUGCAAAGUACAUACUCAGCAAAUGGGGACGACACUCUCAGCACCCCGUCCCGUCAGCACAGUCCAAAUCUAUCAUUGAACCGCUCAGGGUCUGAGCGAGUGUCGAAACGUUCCUCUCUCUCUCUGGAUCAGAAUGCCAAUGAAGACCAGCUCUCAGAUAACAGCAGAUCUGACACCUUGGAUGAGGUGGAGGAACGUGAGACUGUGUCUCCAGUGUCUCAGGGAAGGCUUUUUGUAAACAGGGUUUUUCACAUCAGUGCUGAGAAAAUGUUUGAACUGCUUUUCACUGAUUCAAAUUUUUUACGGAGGUUUCUGGAUAUGAGGAAGAUCACAGGUGCAAGCUCUACCUCUUGGCAAAAGGAGGUCUCUGGCUGUAUGAAAAGGACUUUGAACUACACCAUCACCAUCAAUAACCCCCUAGUCUGCAAAUUCUCCACUGCCACAGAGAACCAGACACUAUACAAAGAAUCGAGGGAGGGUCAAUACUACAUGAUAGAUGCAGAGGUCUUCACACACGAUGUUCCAUACCAUGACUACUUCUUCACUCAGAAUCGUUUCUGUAUCAUCCGUAACUCCAAGCACAAGUGCAGACUCAGGAUUUACACAGAUGUGAAGUACAAAAAGCAACCCUGGGGUCUUGUUAAGUCUUUUAUAACCAAAAACUCGUGGAGUGGCCUAGAAGACUACUUUAAGCACCUUGAGGCAGAACUGCUUGAAGAAGAGGCAGAGUUGAAUCAGGGAAUUGGGGAUGCUGGGAAGGCAGGUGGAUUGCGCAGGAGGCGAAGAACCUACAGUCGCACUCUACAGGAACACAUGAAGCCGGGCAAGCAGUAUGGCACAGACUCAGAUCAGCAGAGAGGCGGCAGUAUGGGUGCCAUGGACAUGAACACACAAAGAUGGAACAACACUACCAUUGUGGUUGGGAUGAGCUUAAUUCUUUUCGUACUGACGGUUUUAAACUUCGGGCUGUUCUUUAAACUUUGGGCCAUGGAGGAUGUCGCCCACCGUAUAUAUCUGAGCACCAAGCACAGGAUGAAAGAGAGAACAGAGUCCAGUUUGGCUCCUGACCUAGGACAAAGACAUGGAAUGCCACACAGAAGUCGAGAGGAUGUACACUUACUGAGGGCAGUACUGCAGGACUCCAUUAACCUUCUUGAGCAACUACGCAGCUCUCUUUUGGUACUUCAGCAAAACGUUCAGGUCUACAACAGAACCUCUUCUCACCUUUAAAUGCCUUUCAGUCUGGUGACCCACGAACACAAGGGUAGUUUUCCCAUAGGACCUGCCCUCGAUGUUGAGUGUUGCCAUAGGAACUGUCACCACAGGGCAGACUCGUAGCCAUGUUCUUUUGUCUCUCUGGGCCUUUUUGCUGUGGUUGGAUAUUUGUUUGUUUUUCAAAGUUUUUUGUCUUGGAGGAGAUCUUUGCUCUGGCACACUAAAUCUUGCGAGUUUCCUCUUGGAUUUGUUCACUUGUUCCUGAUGACCUUGAAACUGAAAGAGAAAAGCUACAGUGUCUUUUUCUCAUUCUUCAUAGUUGAUAUUGAUUAACUGUAACACAACUGAAUUAAAAACAUCAAAAUAGCAGGUUAAUAAACAAAGCCUUUUCAUGAUCCUGUUCUAAAAUCUUGGAUGCUCAUUUACUGGACAGAUUUGUUUCUGCACUACACAGAGGCCUUAUAAAACAGUGGAUUUAAUGCAGUUCUACAAGGGUUUGGGGCAAUGCAGACCCAUUGGCUGAUAAAUAGCUCACAUUUUAAAGGUCUAUCUUACAUUAAUUCACUCAAGUGACCUUUAUCUCUUCAUUUAAACAACAUGUUGUUUUAAGAUACCUCUAGGCAAUUGAUAAUGAUUGCACCUAAAAAACUUAAUGAUAAAUGCAUUAAAGUAAAUUAUUAUAGAAAUUUGUAGAAGCUUUGUAGGUUUCAAAUUAUCAUUUGAAAUUUUAAUAAUGUGUAGCACUUCAGGUGGAUCUAAAGAGAAUAAAAUAUCUGAGAAUGAGUUUAAAUAAUGAGUGAUGAGCACUAUAAUGUCUUGCAUAUAGACUGUUUACACUUGCCUUUAAUACAACUUUUGGCUGUACAAUAACUUUUAGGGACUGUAUUUUCACUUUUGAUGAAGUUUGUUUGUGACACAUCCAUGUAAAUUCACAGUAGGGGGAAAAUACUCAUGUGGUACUUCAUAAGUGUAAGUAUAUUGUUUGUAAUUUUUCACAGGAAACAAUGUAACAGAAAUUGAUGUAUAUAAAUCUUAUUUUGUAUAGAUUACAAAUUCUUCUGUAAUCUUUUAUACCUUUUCUUCUGAAACUAUUUAUAAAUUAAACCCUGUCAUUGCAU